AUGCCUAGGAAAUUGCGGUACAGUUGUAUCUCCGAUGCCGGCAUUGCUGACAAAACUCAGCAUAUCAAUGCUCAGACGUCCGGAAAAAUAGAUCAUUCCGUCUACCAUGAUGAAGAUUAUGAUCCCGAGGCUGAUGAGGUUGAGUCAUGGGAUGAUCACGUUGAUAACUUAUAUGCCGAAGAAGAAGCUGUACACUGUAACAAGCCCAAUGGUCGCAAGGAUACGGAUUAUUGGAGUGUUGUUGUAAGCGACGCUGGCGUCACAAGAACGAUGAAUUUGAGCGUCAAGGAGGCUAUAGUACUUCCUCCUGGUAGACAAAUCAUUCUGGAGUUUAAUACAGAGUUGCAACCGAUCGGUCAGGCAGCUGGAUUAUUAAGUAGAUUUUUAGGGAGUUUUGGUGCUGACUUUCAACAUUUUUCCAUUAAUGAAGAGAGUUGGAAGACAAUGGACAAUACUCUGAAGGAACAUGCAUACGACACACGAGCCUUUCGGUAUGAGGAGGACGACAAUGGAAAAAAAAAGCAGAUAAUGAUUCAAAGGAUAGGAAAAAUCUGGAAGGAAGCAAGAAACAACUUAUUUCACAAGUUUUAUGACAAGAGAAAGAGUUUAGAAGAAAAUGCUAAGCGUAAACCAUCAAGAAUAAAUGCACAGCAGUGGAAAUGGUUCCUUCAAUAUCGUUUUAAAAGACUCUACGAAGGAGAAAAAAAAAAGCAAAGGCGCAUUGGUAGAGGAAAGAUAUUUAUUAUGACUCAUAAAAAAAUGAUGGAAGCGAUUGCGAAUAUCGAGAGCCAAGAUGAUUUCUCGAAGGAGAUUUCACUUACUGAUUUAUUUGCGCAAGUUGUUGGAAAGGAGCAUUCAAGACGAGUUCGGGAGUUAGGUUUUGGGCCAUGUCUAACCGAAAUUAUUCGUAAUACUACACAACAAUCGAACUCUGGAGUACAAAUUGAGGAGUAUCAGAGGGAGAUUACAGAAUUGAAGUCAGCAGCAGCAGAACAAAAGGUGGAGAUUGCAGAAUUGAAGGCAGCAGCAGCAGAAUAUAAGGCAGAGGCAGCAGAAGAGAAGGCAAAGAAACAGACCAUGGAGAAUUCGGUAAAAUACAUAAUCCAACAGCAAGGAGACACUUUGCCACCUGAAAUUGAUGCACAACUGAAGUCUUUGUGGAGUGGAGCAAAAUAG